CGCAGCACAUCUGUCACAUGACACGCCUGCCAGUGUACUUCAUGUUGUGGUUGUUGGUCAUUGCACUUGAGCCAGAAGCAAUCAUGGUGUGUCCAAUUUGCGGACCGAAAUGUUCUAUUUACUACAUGAUCAUUAGUGUAUGGGCAAUUGUUAUGCUGCUUAUUUUGGGUGGAUUUUUCUACAUCCGCUCUCCAGCCCUUUUCGAGGAUAUUCCUAAGGAUGAAGCGACUUGGCACGCUCAAAACUUCUCAUUGGAGUACGUGAAGGAGAAAUACGAGCAGAAUGCCAUAAAUUGCUUUAUUGCAGCAGGCAUCUACGUGGCCAUUUUCAUCUUCUCUUUCAUCCAACAACGAAUGAAUGCACAAGGAAACUAUGAAAUGUCUUAGAGGUGAACUGGUAGUGGAUAUUUCCAGCCUGAAUGUAUAUAAGGACAGAAUAUUGUGCUAGUAAUCUGUACAUAUAUGAAUAAAUGUGAGAACUUUGGAUUUUCUCCUGUGACAACUUUAAGAUCUAUUUGGCUGUGAGCAGAUGAUGUUGGUUAACUGGGUUUAAUAAGGAAUAUGACAUGUUGAGCCACUUGAGCAUUGGAGUUUUUUGUUGCUUCUUAUAAGGAGGGAAUAAAUUAUUUCCCAUCCCUUAUUUUAAUUUUUGUUUUUUUUGUCCCCAAAAGCCCCCACUUUCUGAUUGAGAAUUCAAAGUUUCUUUUGUUGAUGAUGACAAUGGCUUGAACUCGAAAAAGAAAUGGUAUUGGUAUUCUGAAAUCGGAUUUUUAUUUAAUGUUUUUUGCAUUUGAACCAUAGCUGCAUGAUUAACAUGCUCAUCCACGAAGCAAAAGGUGGCACUUAUAAAGUUCAUUUCAGCUGAUGACUGAAAAGUCCUUCUGAUCAUUUACCAGUGAAUGGGUAACUGAUUUAUAAUGCAAAGUAAAAGGAAGCUUGGCUAUGCUGUCUGCGUGCCCUUCUCACUAUUGUGAACUGCUUAAAGUUCACAUUUUCUACAACUGGCCACUAUCUUGACCUUCAUUUGUGUGUGUGCUUACUCAUAUUCCUUUUGUAUAUAAAAAAAGGCAGAAAUUGAAGAUUAAGUUAUCUAUUUGGCAAAAAGAUACAAUGCAUUUUUCAGUAAGACUAGUGUUUCAAAUUGCCACCAUGUCAAUAUAAAUUCCUGUUCACUUGCCAUUAUAGCCUACACAUAUUAAGGUGAUAUUUUGAUUGCAAGUAUCAAAUGCUAGCUUUUCCAUUUAAUGAAGCUGUGAAAAAUUGGAAGAUAUGGUUUACGCAUAAUCAGAACUGUCACAACUGUUAGCAAUUUCAGUUCUUGUAAGAAAGAAUGUAAUUCUUGCUAUACUCUCUAACAAUGUGUAGUUUCAAGUGUUAAUGAUGCAUUAACUUUGUUGUCUGAGAUGUAGGACGGUUAAAACAUUCCUGUACUAAAUGUGCAUCAUUUUUGGUUGAAAAAAGCAAGUAGUUUCUAUCCUAUACACAAGAAUAUUUCUGUUGCAUUAUGAAGUGAGAUGAUAAAAACAUUAAAAUUA